AUGAGUGGCAGCUCCUGGCCACGUGCGGCGGCCAGCUGCUGCCAGCUGGAGUUGGGGCCGGCCAGCGAGGCCACGUCUGUCCGCCAGGCCACAGCGGGGGAGCUCCUCUUCCCAGGAGGACGGAAGGAGGUGUCCGCUCCGCGCCGCCUGCGGGCCCCGCGCCAGCCUCUCUUCAGCCCCCGAGCUCUUGCCAGCCGGGGGCCGGGCCGCCAGCGCUUUGUGCCUGCUGGGCACCCCCACCUCCUGGGACUACCCCUCCUGGGCUCAGGUUCCCUGGCGCCCUGCCCGACAUCCUCCCCGCUGGGGGCCCAAGACGAGGCCCCCGGCAUGGCCUGA